UAGUGUUAUAUAAAACUUAUUCCACUCUAGCACCUAUCUGAAUGUAGCCUACCCCUUAGCCUUGCACUUUGAUUCAACAGAAGCAACCAUUGCAUUUUCCUUUAUGACUAUGUCUGAACACAAGACGUCUUUUAAGCUUCCUGUGUUAGAUUUAUCUCAAUCUAUUGAGAUCUCCUCCCUAUCUACCCUUUAUAAAGCCUGUCAAGAGUGGGGCUUCUUUUAUAUCAUCAACCACGGUAUCUCAAAAAACUUGUUUGAUGAAGUUUGUUCAUGUUCAAAGCAAAUCUUUAGCAUUCCUUUGGAUUCCAAACUCAAGCUCGGCCCAUCAUCGUGCUUGAAAACGUAUACUCCUCGUUUCAUAGCGUCACCUUAUUUUGAAAGCUUGCGGGUGUCAGGACCAGAUUUUUUUGCUUCUGCUAAGAGUUCUGCUGAUGUGCUAUUUAGUCAACAGAAGUGUGAAUUUAGUGAGAUAUUACAGGAGUAUGGAAACAAGAUGAUAGAGUUAUCAAGGAGGAUCAUAAAGGUUUUAUUAAUGAGUUUGGGUGAUGGUUAUGACAGGAAGUUUUAUGAUUCAGAAUUCAGCAACUGUCAUGGGUAUUUGAGGAUUGUAAAUUAUUCACCUCCAAAGAAUGUUGAAGAAAAGGAGGUUGAAGGACUUGGCAUGCACACUGAUAUGAGUUGCAUAACAAUACUUUAUCAGGAUGAGACUGGGGGGCUGCAAAUGAGAUCUAGGCAAGGGGAAUGGAUGGAUAUAUGCCCAUGUGAGAAUGCUCUUGUAGUUAAUGUUGGAGACAUGAUGCAGGCGUGGAGCAAUGGGCAGUUAAGAUCAUCUGAGCACCGUGUUAUUUUAAAGCGAUUUGUAAAUCGCCUUUCUCUUGCUUUCUUUUGGUGUUUUGAGGAUGAGAAGGUGAUCUCAGCACCGGAUGACAUUAUAGGAGAAGAAAACUUAAGAUUAUAUAAGCCAUUUGUCUGCUUGGAUUAUCUAAAAUUUAGAGAGAAUAAUGAGGAAGGUAAGUUUGAUAAAAUUGGUUGCACUGUAAAUGAUUUUGCCGGGCUGAAACUUGCAGUGAUAUUGGAUAAGAAAUUGUAAUGCUGUCGGUGGUGCUUGGUGAAAUGUAUGUCUGCACUAGUUAACUGUGUUUUUAUUGGAUUCUUCAACCCUAAGAGCUUGAAAGUUGUUAUUUUACAACACCCUUUGUGAAAAGCAAAACUCUUUGUUCUUUUUGGCAUUGAAAUAGAGCUUUUGUGUCUUUUCUUGUUUGCUUUAGUUAGUUGUUGGCAAUGUUUCUUGGUUUAGAUGCAGCAGGUUGGGCAUGGAUCGUCUUGUUCAGAAGAAGUUUGAAUCUUGCUUAUGAAAAAAGAAAUAGGAGCAAAUGUGGUUAGUUAUUAGGAUCCUGUAAUUAUGAGCAGAAAUCUUCAGUACUAUCGAAAUUCAACAUUUUAUAUUGUGGGACUUACAUAUUAUAGUUAGUGGAUUUGCUGGCCGUUGGAUUAAUUUUCUUGUUUCUUGUCUUUGAUAAUGGUUUUGUAUAGGGUUUUAGUAAAUUAAUAUUUUAAUAGAACGAUGAUAUUAUCAUGGAACAAA